AUGGUCGAUCAAGCUACCGAGAUCACCACAAAGGACGGGCUCGUGCAUCCACAAGCAGAUCCACAUCGUCACAAAGUUCAAAGAGAUCCGCAAGGAGCGGAAGGCCCGCAAAAAGGAGGAGGAGGCCAACCGCAAGGCCGAGAAGGAGCGGCAGAGGCAGGCAGCGCGGCGGCGUCGCAAAACGGCUCCAACGAGCCGCAAGCCGGGUCCGAAGCACCGCAGCCAUCGAACGGUUAUGCCGGGGCCCGCGGGGCUUUCCAGUUCCCUCCCAUCGGCUACCAGUCCGCCGACAUUUCCCGCGGGACCAGCCGUCGUCGACUUGUGAUCGCGCCCCCGGUGGACAAGGGUCUGGACUGCGCCGGCUGGUUGAUCGUCGUCCAACGCCCGCAGGCACCGCCACACCGCCUCGUCGUUAAACUCGCGUCCUUUGGCCGCUGUCUCUCGCCGGUUGCAUCGUGUCGCCCCCGGGCCACUGCUGCAGGAACCUUACUGUCCUGCACGAGCACCGAGACUCCCAGCCUGCCCUAUUUCCUGUGACGGGAAAUCUCGAGCACGGAAUCUGCAAGCUAUAACCCCUUUGCCCUUGUGCUCUCGAGCCGUCUGCUGCAGUUUCUU